ACUCUCUUUUUUUUUUUUGGCUUUGUUCUUUGCAAGAAGUUACCAUCCCUCUUUUUCUUCCCUCCCUAGCUUUUCCUUUUUCCUCUCUUUCUCUCUCUAAAACCCCUACUUUAUUCCCUCUUCAACUCACCUCUUAAAAGAAGUCGAUCCUCCCUCGAUCCUCCUUGUGUUCAGAAACAUCUUCUCUCUCUCUCUCUCUCUCUCUCUCUCUCUCUAACCCACUUGAAAAACUUAAACCUAGAAAGAAAGAAAGAAAAGCAAGGCAGACGCAAACCCUCUUUUGCUAUUCUUUGUUCCUACAUAUCUUAUUCUUGUUUUUUCUUUUAUAACAUGAACGUUGAGGGCAAGAUUGUGUUUGUUGAGUAGGAGAGGUUUGGUAGUUUCUUUUCUUGAUUCUUGAUCAUUUGCUUGAAAAAGAGAGAGGAAAAUGGCCUCUCCUUCAGAGCUAAGCUUGGAUUGCAAACCUCAUAGCUAUUCUAUGCUAUUGAAAUCUUUUGGAGAACAGAAUUAUGACCAAACACAAAAGCUUGAAGAAUUUCUCUCUCGCCUUGAAGAAGAAAGAUUAAAGAUCGACGCAUUCAAGCGUGAGCUUCCCCUUUGCAUGCAACUUCUAACUAACGCUGUGGAGACUUCAAGACAGCAAUUGCAAGCCUAUAGAGCAAAUCAAGGGCCAAGGCCACUUCUUGAAGAAUUCAUACCACUCAAAAAUUCUACUUCUGAAGCAUUGGAUAAGUCCUCAAACUUAUCUGAUAAGGCAAAUUGGAUGACUACAGCACAACUAUGGAGCCAAGAAAGUAAUAUUGAAACCAAACCACAAACCACAUUAACUACUAAUUCUCCUAAAGAAACCAGUAUAGGGUUCAAUGUUAGUCCUAAGCUAGGGUUAGACACUAAACAAAGAAAUGGAGGAGCUUUUCUUCCAUUUUCAAAAGAAAGAAACUUAUGUCCAAGCCCAACCUUAGCUCUUGCUUCUACUGAUAAAGAAAUGGAAGAUAAAAAAUGUUUGGAAUCUGAAAAUGGGUUUUCUUGUUCAAAGAUAGAGAAUUCCAGUAAGAUUGGUAAUAAUAAUAGUGGGAUUGUGAUUGAACAAGGAAAAGGAACUUGUAAUUCGCCAUCUGAUGGACAAGCAACAAAUGCUGGAAACGGUAAUUGUACAAAUAAUAACAAUAAUAAUGGCAGUAGCAGUACCGGUCAAACUCAUAGAAAGGCAAGAAGGUGUUGGUCACCUGACUUGCACAGAAGAUUCGUUAAUGCUCUGCAAAUGCUUGGCGGUUCUCAAGCCACACCAAAACAAAUAAGAGAGCUUAUGAAGGUUGACGGUUUGACCAAUGAUGAAGUUAAAAGCCAUUUACAGAAAUAUAGACUGCAUACAAGAAGACCUAGUCCAAGCCCACAAGCACCUGGAGCACAAGCACCACAUGUCGUCUUUCUAGGCGGCAUUUGGGUCCCACCGGAGUAUGCCACCGCCGCAGCUGCAGCUCAUACUGGGGCCCCUACCCUCUAUGGUGCCCACCCAGCUUCCCAUGCACCACCACCUCACUUUUGUGCUGCACCACCUGUACCUCAAGACUUUUACACUGCAGCGGCAGCGGCUCCAUCGCCGCCGCCGCCACCUCACCAUCAGCCUCACCACCAUACACUCCACCGCCAGCUUCACAUGUAUAAAGCUGCACAACAAACUCAUAGCUCCCCGGAGUCUGAUGUAAGAGGCAAUGGUGAACGGUCUGAAAGUAUUGAAGAUGGCAAGUCGGAGAGUAGUAGCUGGAAGGCGGAGAGCGGCGAUAAUGCUGGAGAGAGAAAAGGGUUGGCUGCGUUGAGGGAAGAUGGUGAAGAAAGCAAUGGAAGUGAGAUAACCCUCAAGUUUUAGCAGUCUGAGAGUAUUAGAGUUAGGGUUAGGGUUAGGGUUUAGGUUAAUCCGGAAAGUUUCUAACUUUGGUAUUGUCUUACCGUUAUGUAGUAGUAUUAAUUUUAUUCUAUAUUUUUAUGUCAAAUAUCCAGAGAGAGAAAGAGAGGGUAAAAAGGGUAUAACGAGAAAGUGGGUGUUUGUUUUGCAUUCGUUAUGUACUUGAUGCCCUAAAUGAAAAUGACUGAACAUUUGAUUAUUUA